AAAGUCUGCUAUAGGAUCUUUGGUCACCCUCUUCCCACCCGGCGCGGGUGGUCUGGUACCGGUUCCGGUUCCGGUUCAGGUUGGAGUGAGGGUCGUUGCUGUGAACGGAGAGAUGGGGACAUGAGCGGCCAUUGAGGGUGGCCAGGGUGCCGGUGAGCCCCCCCCCCUCCAUCUGCUUGGUGUGAGGGCUGAGCUUCGAGGGGCUGAGCUUCAGUUGAGGACCACAUGACGGGGCACAACAGGAAGAGGCGUUAUGAGUGCGACGUGUGUGGCAAGGCCUGGCAGUACCCGAGCCAGCUGGAGAUCCACCGGCGGUUGCACACGGGUGAACGCCCCUUCGACUGCUCAAACUGCAGUAAGAUUUUCAAGACGGCACAGGAGCUGAAGGUCCACCAGCGGGUUCACACGGGCGAGAAGCCCUAUGUCUGCUCCACCUGCGGCAAGAGCUUUACCCAGUUUUCUGGGCUGCAGGGGCACCAACGGGUGCACAGCAGUAAGCGGCCCUUCACCUGCUCCGACUGCGGCAAAGGCUUCAAGUCGUCCACUCGCCUGAAGGUGCACAGGCGCCUACACACCGGGGAGCGGCCCUACACCUGCAGUGACUGCGGCAAGGGCUUCACCCAGUCCAGCAUCCUACUGCAGCACCAGCGCAUCCACACUGGCGAGCGGCCCUACACCUGCAACGACUGCGGCAAGGGCUUCACCCAGUCCAGCAUCCUGCUGGUGCACCAGCGCACCCAUAGCGGCGAGCAGCCCUACACCUGCGCCCAGUGCGGCAAGGGCUUCAUCCAGUCCAGCAACCUGCUGGAGCACCAGCGCAUCCACAGCGGCGAGCGCCCCUAUACCUGCAAUAACUGCGGAAAGGGCUUUACCCAGUCCAUCCUACUGCUAAAGCACCAGCGCAUCCACACCGGCGAGCGGACCUACACCUGCAGCAACUGCGGCAAGGGCUUCACCCAGUCCAGCAUCCUGCUGGUGCACCAGCGCACCCACAGCGGCGAGCGCCCCUACACCUGCAACCAGUGCGGCAAGGGCUUCACCAAGUCCAGCAACCUGCUGGUGCACCAGCGCAUCCAUACCGGCGAGCGGCCCUACACCUGUGCCCAGUGCGGCAAGGGCUUCACCCAGUCCAGCAUCCUGUCGCAGCACCAGCGCACCCACACCUGAGGAAGUUUCGCAUGAACGCCAGCAUCUUACAAACUUUUACAGUUGCACCAUCGAGAGUCUGCUGACGGGCUGCAUGACAGUCUGCUACGGGAAUUGUUCUGCCCACAGCCGCAAAUCACUACAGAGAGUGGUGAAGGCGGCACAGCACAUCACUGGCAACUGUCUCCCGGCCAUUCAGGACAUUUUCCACCGGCAGUGCCUGCGGAAGGCACACAGCAUCAUCAAGGACCACAGCCACCCAGCACAUAGACUUGUUGCCGCCAGGCAGACAACAUAGGAGCAUGGCUGCACGUACCACCAGACUUUUUAUCAUCGGGCCAUCAGGCUUCUGAACUCAUAAACACAUCAUAUAUGUUGAUUAUCUAUAUAAUUAAAAGUGUCAUCUUGAUCACU